CACGCCAUGUUUACAAAUGAUGAAACCAGUUCAGAAAAUCUAGUGAAAAUAAACAGUGUUUUCCUCGAUCGUAGUGGAUAAUAUUGGCAAUCAACACGGAAUUGUCUUUGUCUAUAUCACAGGGAUUAUAUUCAAUUAAUCUGGAUUUCGCACCGAUCGUCAUCAUGCCAGUAGUUCUGCUGGAAAGACUGCCCCUUCCAAGUUUGCAAACAUACACAACUUUCAGUGUUGGCCUCCUGAUUUGUGCUGUCUUCUUUGCACAUCAAGCUGUUUUUGAAAAUUAUGAACAGGCUCAAAAUAUCACUGAUACUGGUCAGGAUCCUGACACUCACAAUGACAGUGCGGUGAAUAUUUUCCAAAAAUGGGAUCAUUAUUUAUUUGAUGUAUUCCAAAUAUUGAUCCAGGAAACUUGGUGUGUUUGGACAUUGAUAAACAUGGCAUACUGCGGUCUGAUUUUGGUCGGGAAGACUAUACAAAAUAUGGUGUUCGGAGAAUUGAGAGUCAGUGAACAACAGCACAUCCGGGACAAAUUUUGGAACUUUGUGUUUUAUAAGUUCAUCUUCAUCUUCGGAGUGAUGAAUGUUCAAAACAUGGAUGAGGUUGUCAUGUGGUGCGGCUGGUUCUCCGUCUUAGGGUUCCUUCACUUACUCACUCAACUCUGCAAGGACCGCUUUGAAUAUCUCUCAUUCUCGCCGACCACCCCCAAGUGGACCCACAUCCGAGUCCUAGCGUUGCUCGCAGUGAUACUGUUGUCGUGUUCGUUCCUUAUCUUGGUUUGUACUUAUGUUGGCCUGCAGACCGGAUUCAACACGUUUGCGUUCAUGGUCGCUGAGUGUAUCCUGUUAAUCAUCAGCACAACUUACGUCAUAACAAGGUAUGGCACUCAUCUGUGGGAGAUCAGCCUGGAAGGGACAUGGGAAAAUCGCGGAUUCUAUAUUUAUUACACCGAAUUAGUGUUCGAGUUGGCGGCCCUUUUGACGGACUUUGCACACCACCUUCAUAUGCUAAUCUGGGGUAACAUCUUCCUGAGCAUGGCCAGCCUCGUUAUCUGUAUGCAGCUGAGGUACUUGUUCUAUGAAUUCCAAAGAAGAAUCAAACGACAUAAAAAUUAUCUCAGAGUUGUUAAUAGUAUGGAGAAAAGAUUUUCCAUGGCUACAGCUGAAGACCUGGAAGCCGAUGACGAUUGUGCCAUCUGCUGGGAUAAAAUGGAACAAGCCAGGAAACUCCCCUGUGGACAUAUAUUUCAUUAUUCAUGUUUGCGCUCAUGGCUGGAGCAAGAUACGACAUGUCCUACGUGUCGUACGUCUCUGAGUGACCCCCUGGAGGAGGAGACAGCUGGUCCAACGGAGCGGGGUGCUGGGGAUGCUGAUACGGGGCAGCCGGACGGCACUGUCAAUGCCAAUGGCAAUGCCAAUCAAACUUCCAAUCAUUUCUUCCAUUUUGAUGGCUCAAGGUACAUCAGUUGGUUCCCUAGUUUCUCAGUGGAGGUCACGCAUACUCGAUUACUCGCUAACCAACAGCGCCAACCUGUUCCGACCAAUCAGAAUUCACAUUUCGAUCACAUGGCACGGCAGGUGCAGGGCGUAUUCCCCAAUAUGCCCCUGAGCGUCCUGGAAGAGGAUCUGCGAGUUUCGAAUUCUGUCGAGCAGACAAUCGAGAAUAUCCUGGAGGGGAGGGUGAUCGCACCACCGACAAGUGCGUUUACCACCCUCACGACGGACAGGCCUGUUUAUGAAGAUUCAUCCAGCAAUGAGGGAAAUGAAGAGGACAGUGAAUCAACGCAUUCAGAUGAAAGUACCAGUCGCAAUUCAGACAGGUCGCAUCUCAUCAUGAAUAACUUCUAUGAAGAUGAUAAUAUCCCUGAUUUAUCAAAAAGUGAGGAGACAGUGAAUGAAUGCGAUGAGCCAAUGCAAGGUUCUGGCAGUGGAUUCAGAUUCUCCAAGUCGCCAAAAGAAAGGGAAAAUAUGCUGCAAAAACGUAAAGAAGAGAUGCUGGAAGUCGCAAAGAAGAAGUACAUGAUGGCAAAUAAAGAGUUGACGUGCUUUUCGUCAGAUGAGGUGGAAAAUAGUGAUAGCGAGUCGGACUGUGAUAACACAAAUGUUUCCCGGGGAAGUCGUUCUCCCAUUCUCAACCAGAGGGAGCUGGCCUACCGGGCAGCACAGCAGCGAUUGCUAGCCCGGAGAGAUGAUGAAUGAGUCGUUUCUGUCAUAUGAACUUUGGCUUUAAUGCUGUAUACGUAAAACGUUUCACGAGAAAAUAUUAUUUGUUUAAGACAGUAUUUUGCAAAUUCGCGGGGUCAAUCUGAACAAGACGAAAUAAACCAAUCUGAGAGAGCCCAAAAAAUAGCCCAUGAUGCCUACUGCUUAUUGUUCAAACAUCAUUUUUUCCAACACAAUCUCGUUCAUGUGUUAUUGAUGUCAAUAUUACAACAACAACAGUAUCAAAAUCGCUGAGUGUGGCACAAGGGGUGUCUCAGAAUUUGGGACAGUUUUGAUUCGCGAAAAUAUUUGCAUAUACAGCGUUUACUAGUCCUGUCACAGCAGUGCCAGUAUGUAUAUUUCUUUGAUUGCUGAGUUUUUGUUAAGAAGCAAGUAUUUUGUGACAUCAUUGUACAUGUAUAUACCAUAGUUUUCAAAGUUGAGAGGGAGUGCAUUUGAAAAUGUCAUGAAAAUGAAAAAUAGUGCGGUAGCAGAGUAACUCUGAGCCAACGGUCGAUAUGAAUGUCUGUAUUUCUCAAUAGGGCAGCACCUCAUAUGACGUAGCCAAUGUAUAAUAUUUCAACACAACGAGAUCCCUGGUUUGAAUCCCUAAGUCGGUGUGAGACUCUGGGCUGGUCUCUUUGUCUUAACUUGCCUUACUUUACACUUAAGUCGUAGUUCCACCUAUCAUAAAACCCCGUGUUUUUUCAAGACCCGUGUCUUCGCCGUGUGUCAAAAAACCCACGGCGCACUUACACCUAUCAGUUGUGUUAGAUAAUGGUUAAUAGCCCCGGCGACAGGUGCGCUGUAGGUAGGGAGCUCUCCUGUGUUUCUUUCCCGUUGGAGGGGGCGCAAUACCGAGGCAACUACACCGCGCCAUCUGUCGCCGGAUCUUAGAACUUGCAAUUGCCGUGUCUAUUCAGAUUCCACCUAUCAAAAAACCCGUGUUGAACACGAGUCUAAAUUAGCCCCCGAUUAGCCCCAUCGAGCUCGAUGGGGCUAAUAGACACGGGGAUUUGACACACGGGUCUAUUUAGACACGGCAAUUCAUAGGUGUAAGCGCAAAAGACACGGGGAUUUGAUAGGUGGAAGUACGACUUUAGAUGUAUAAAUGGGUCCUGGUCAGAAAUGCCCAUGUUGUACCAUUGAUUGAGCUGCUCAUCUGAGAUCUACUAAGUCAUUUUUAAGUGUAAAGUCAGAUGAUAACCUAGAGCAUAGGUGAUAUCAGACUAUAAUUUUAUUUCGGAGUAUUGACGAUGAUGUGCUGUUUUCAAAUUGAGGAAUGCAAUAGUGUAGGAUAGCCAGUUCUAAAAUGAAGCUGUGAUUGCUUAAGUUUUCAAUGGCAAUAUAUGUGCCCUGUAGUUUGAGACCAUCCAUGAAUAUCAAAAACAUCUUGCUGGUGUCGCUGGAACGGUUUUCACGCUCAUGUUGGCUACAUUGGUAAAAAACUUGGGGGGAAUUUUUUUGUAUAUACUUAAGACUGGUUCCAAUAGGGACAGUGUGGUACUGAGACAUUGUGUCUUGAAUAAGGCAAAACAUUGUGAUAAUUUGGAUGGUCUCCAAAAAAGUAUUAUUUUCUUUUGCAUAUGUUUCUAGAGUGUUUUGUAUUCAUUUUAAAUGUAAGUUACAAAAUUGUAUCAGUGACACCGUGUAAAUGCUAUUUAGCUUGUUCAGGCGUGUCUGAUACCCAUAGGCCUAUUAAAGGUAAGAUGUACAGACCCCCUCGACCCGCUAGAUAGUGUCGACACAGUAUGUAGGACAGAUUGAUGUCAAAUACACAGUGAAAUUGUCAUCUUUUCUAUCAUAUUAAGUAGUAUCAGUUUGAAGUUUGACAGUGAAAUAUUGUUUGAAUGGAAAACUUGUGUAAGAUUCUGUGGCUAUUAAUCAUUUGGAUGCAAAUACUGUAAAACUGUUCAUUUUGACAGCCUAAAGUGGAAACAAAAUCUGAAAAGGAUGUUGUUUGCUUACAUUUAGGCUCACGAUAAUAAAGAGGUUUUUACAAUAGGCUUUUCAUUGAAAUGCUGUUAUGCAAGUUUAGUUUGUGUUCAACUGAGGUCACUGGGUCACAACUACUUACUAAUGAUCCAGGAUGGGGUUCUUGCACAACAGUUGUCACUGCCAUCAAGUAUAGAUAAGAUCUCUAAUCUAAUCCUUACUUGCUGCCGUAAAUUGCACUUGGUUCCUUGAGUGUAACGAUAACAUUAUAUUUAAUUAAAUAAAAUACCUCGAAUUCAAACAAUGCAUCUUUUCCAAACUAUCAUCAUUAGUGUUUAGUGCUUCGCUUAGCUUGGUUCUCAUUUUCAAAAAUUUGCGGAUGGUUAAAUUUGAAAGUUCCAAAAUUCUUCGCAUAAAUGAAAUGACAUGAAACAAUUUAGCAUGAACUUUUGAGCGUGUUCAUUAUUUUAAUUCAUUUGGGUUUAAUUUAUGUAAAUUGUAUGCCUAGCAAAAAAAUUUAUGAUUUUGUCUUUUGAAAAUUGUGAAUUGUAUAGAAUAUCAUCAUAUCUAAAUGCUAAUAUAUAUUUUUGUACUUCAGCUAUGUAUUUCAUCCUGUUUAACAGUGUGUAUUCCUGUUUGUCCAAGACUUCGUGUUUGCCUUUUAAAAUGGACGAGAGGUAACCUACCGGUUUUGUUGUCAAUUUGGGGGUGGGGACUAGUGAAAUAAUGUGCUAUGAUAGUAGUUGUAUUCUUGCUCUAGGAUAUAGCUUGGGGGAAGAUUGGCGUAAAGAAGGGGGGGAGGUAUUAUUUCGCCGUGGUAAACAGAACAUGAUGAGAGAUAAUGGUGGUAUGAUGUUAUGAGAUUCCUUAUUGUAUUCUAUGCUCCCUAUGUUUGAAAAACUGCCUGCUUCAUUAUAAGCUGUACAUGUGUUGUGUCUGGUUGUUCUAACAAUGUCCGUGCGUGGUGUUGGUGUUAUAUCAUAAAGGCCUCGGACAUCAGCUCAGUGCGUGAAACAAGUCUGCAAUUGUUGCAGGUUAGUUUAGUGGUAUGCCAUAUUCAUGUAAACCACCAAAGUACUGUAUACGAACGGCGUAGAUCUUUAAGGUAAUAUUAUCACAAGUGCAACACUCGGCGCAUCGUUAGAACAACCAAUCAUCUAUCUUCAGAUAAUGGCUGCACUUAUUCUUUGAGUUUGGGGCACCCUGCUGUCGAGGGUAUGCAAGAAAUUUCAAAGGAUUAACUUUUUCCCAUCUAAAUCUUUUUCCAUUUGAAUAUCUGGCAUAGAUAGAUUCAUAACCCAAAGAAUGUGUGUUGCCUUAUCUCUUAGUCAUCAGUUUGAUUUGCGGUCAGUGUAUUCAUCUUAUUAUCGUCCGGAAGUGUUACGAAAAUAACACUUGUUUCCUUCAUAUUCUUUAUGAAUAAAUAUGUAAGAUUACA